UCAAGACAUCUUUUUUAGUAAUAACACUUUGCAGAUAUGCAGGUUAAUAUUUUUCUCACGUUAUUGUUCAUCGUAGUUGCAGAAGAUGUAUACUUUAGAGAUGUGGACGGGAAGGAGUAUGAUGGGUGGGGACGCGCCAUUCCCCCAGGUUUAACAGCUUCAAAGCUGGAAGGUGACAAAACAGUAUGGGUACACCAAUUAAUGGGAAUAAUUGAAAACACUUGCAUGACAGAAAGAAAAAGAACCAAAGAUGAACUGGGCGUUUUCGAUGAGACUAUUUACACUACAAAAAUCACAGAACAAAAAAAGUUUUAUACGCGCAAGGGGUUUCCUAAUAUUGGAAACACCCUUUUUGACUGGUGUGUAAAAGGCGUCCUAUCGGGGGUUGAUGCAGCCGUACAGGAUUUACAGAAGAUUCCACAGAAGUAACGUCAUUAGAAAUGAAGCUAUUAUAAUAAUUGCAAGAAUUGGUAAAAAUGAUAAUAAAAUAUGUUUUUUCUGGCUAUAAUUGUAAGAAUUUUUCUGCUAAACAUUCCCACUGCGUGAUCCCAUCGACGUUAUCAUGUAUUGAAGCAAAGAUAGAUUUGGUUGAUGAUCUAUUUGAGGCA